UUUCGCUGAGCGGAUCGUCGCUACACCUUUCCGCUUGUUUGUAUGCCACAGCACAUACCUGUGUGUACAUUCAAAUAUAGCCUGCAUGGAAGAUAUUCCCGCGUGCAAGUUCCACUAGAUUAUAGAGCUAGCGGACGUUUUGUGACAACCGUCGUCAUCCAGUGCGCUUUCAUUAUUAUUUUUCACCUAUUUAAAUUUUCCCAUGGCGACUUCGUGAUCUUCGCUUAUCUCGUUUCAUCUUGCCGCGCUCGAACAUUCGGUUUUAAAAAAUAACUUUGUGACCGACUCAGUUUAAUUGUUGGAAUUUCGGCUGCUGCCGGCUCACUCACGAUCGUUUUGAAAAAGGAAUCCUUCAAUCAGCUGUGAGCCAUUGCGAGGAUCAAACAGCGACAGAGAGAGUCCAACAGAGAGAACAAAAGCUGCUGCCACCCAACUCGUGGGGGAGAUGGCCGGCAUGUCGGCCAAGAUGGAGAGGGUCAACGGCCUGCUGCUGCUUUUUCAGUUUGUCCUAUUAGUGUCUUGUCUGGCCACCGUUUCGACAACGAGAGAGAACUGCUACAACGGACCGGCGCCCGUGAUCGUCAAUAACGAAGCAGACGUUUAUUUAGGGGUGCUGUUGAACGUGCGCGAAAUGGACAUUGAAACGCCGGGCAAAUGCGGGACUGGACUACACCGGGAGGCAAUCGAAUUGUACGAGAGUCUUCGUUGGUACCUGUCCUUCAUCAACCAGAACUCGGGACAGGUGGCAUCUAGAUUAGUCAAGGAUUCUUUCAUUCCUGGAAUUCAACUGGGUUUGAAAAUUUUCGAUGCUUGCGGCGACGCCGAUUUGGCCGAGCGCCAGCUGGGCGUCCUCUUUCCGGAGCUGGUCGAAGAGGAAGAGUUAAACAACUGCAACCGGGACGGCAACAGCAGCAGCAGCAGCGAAGAAGAAGAACAGAUGAAGCCGAUGCUCGGACUCAUCGAUUUCGUCGGUCUGGUGGAAGAAGACCCGGAAAUUGGCGAGCAGCUCGCCUCGUUUAGCAUUCCGUUCAUGGCCGUCAGAUUGGACGAUUUCCUUCCGGCAGACGAAGUGGCCGAGGCGCUGGUGCGGUUUUCCAAACAGAUGUUGUGGGAUCGAGUGGCCGUCGUCUAUGCCGAUGACGACUACAGCCUGGCCAUCACCAAGUCGGUGAGCCUCAGAGCUGAAGAGAUGGGCGUCUGUUUCGAAUCGUUUUACCCCAUCGCCAGCAGUGACGUCACCGUGGACGCUGUUGGAAACUCGACGGCCGUCCUUGUCAUUUCGCCGCCGGAAGACGCUCAGAACGUCACCCGAAAGCUGAGUUUGUCCGCUUUAAAUGGCGGGCGCAGUGCCGGGCAGUAUCAGUUUCUCUUCUCGCAUCCUUGGUCGGCCGAGAAGACGGACCUGCUGGCCGAAUUGACCGGCCAAAGCGACGUCUACGCAGUGGCUGUUAGUCCCAUCAUUGUGGACCAGUUCGAGAGCUACUGGCUUCGAAGGAAGACGCCCACCCUGCCGGCCGUGCCCGAGAACCUUUGGUUACUGGAAUAUAUGGUCACCAUGAAGAAAUGCCGCCUGGAAUCCAUCGCCAACAUCACGUUCUUGGAUCCCCAGUGGCUGCUCUGUCACAAUUUCAAUUUUGCCGAAACGUCGCUGGAGCGAGUGCUGAGAAAUACCCGCGUCCUGCCGGCCGUCCACGUCCUCAACGCCUUCGCUUCCGCAUUCCGUAAAGCCCGCGAUUCCCGGUGCGGAGCCAACGCCGGCUACUGUGAAUCACUCCGGGAAUUGACGCGCAAAGAGUUCCUGGACGACACCUUCCGGCCGCUGCAGUUGCAGCACGCUUCGCCCGGCAAUCGGGUGCCGGCCGGCUUCGUCGGCUCCAAAAAGCCUUCGAGCAACAAGAUUUCCGACGUGAAAUUUUCGCUAAUCCGUUCGGCCGAAGGCGAUCAGAUUCGCGAAUUAUUCACCUACCACAAAUCGACUGGAACUCAGUCGAUCGACCGCUCGUUUCAAAUCAGACCGUCCCAAUGCCCGCUCGACGGUUGCUCCGAUUGCGUUUACUUCCAGGCGGCUGGCAGCUAUCGCACAACUCCGUCGACGCAGAGCGCCGAAUCCGCCGAAGAUUCCAAACCGGUCGAACAGUACCUGGAAGGUGAUUUGGAACCGGAAGAAUCCAUCAUAUCUGUCAACAAAUCCGCCAACGCAAAACAAGAUCGAGCGCAUCAGAACCGGGCCGAGUUGACGGAAGAACCGGAACGCGGAAACAAAGUCAUCCAGCAGGAACCUCAACAGGAAUUGGAACCCCAACCGCUGGAUGGCAAUAGCCGAUUGAAAAUCACGGACAUCAUCAUUCCGGCCCUUUUCGCCGUCCACAAAGCCGGGCCGACGCCGUUGCAGUGCAGUGCGGAAGUCGAUCCGAACGCCAUUCAAGACGUGGAGGCGUUCCUGUGGGCGCUGGAUGUGGUCAACCGUAACACGGAUCUACUCAACGGAAUCGAGAUCGGCGCCGUCGUCUUCGACACCUGUUCGUCACCAGUCAAAGCUUCACACCUGGUCUCCAGCGUGCUGGCCAAGGAGGGCGAUCCCAUGCUGGAGGAAAUCAACAUCGAUCCGGACCAGCUGUUGGCCGUCGUGUCGGCUACCAGCGGCGACGAGACGGAAGCGGCCACCUCCGUCCUGGCCCCCAAUCUCAUCACAACGGUCAGCGCCAAAGAGAGGAGCGACACUCGACUGACGUCCGGCUACCAUUUGCAGGUGCCCGUUCCCAUGUCGGUGGCCGCUAGGGUGGUCAUUGACUUGCUCAACUAUUCCGGCUGGACGUACGUCAGCGUCGUCUACAGCAGUCACGACGUGGAUUCCGUCACGGGAUUCCGCCACUUCCAGCAGCUGGCCGAGAACACGCAGAUCUGCCUGGGCUUGGUGGAGAAACUCAACCGGACGACUCGAGCCGGACCCGAAAGGGCCAGCCGCUUGCUCAAUCGCGUUUUCGAUCAAAUCGCUACCAAGAUGGAUUUGGGCAGCCGGGUCGUCGUCCUCUGGACCGACGAAACGGACACGCAAUCCAUCUUGGCCAAAAUGCAUCUGCUGUCGCCCGAACAGGCCGAUAAGUUCAGACAAUUGACCUGGAUCAGCGCCAACGGCUGGAUUAACGGCGGCAAAGUCACCAACUUUGUCAAAGACAUCGGCAAAUGGCUAGUCGUCCGUCCGCAGGUCCAGCUGGUCAACGAAUUCGCCGAGCAUUUCGCCCUGCUGCGCCCGGAGAACAACGAACGAAAUCCGUGGUACGGAGAGUACUACGACCAAAUGGCCCAGUGUCAGAAGAGCGGCGAAUGCCCGCCCGUCCCGCGCAUCCAUCCGUCAACGACGACCGUCAUCCAGACCGUUUACGUAGUCGCUUCCGGACUGGCCCGUCUCAUCCAGGACUACUGCCCCGACCAGCAGUUGCUGAGGGCCAGCAGCAGCGAAGAGAUGGACGAGAGCGAAGAUCUUUGCGCCACCAACACGACGACGUUUCGCGAUAAUUUGCUGGCCUACUUGCAGAACACGGGGACGGACAGGCCGGGUGACGUCAACGGCGAAUUCGGUUUCACCGACCAAGGCUACGGCGACACGCCCAUCGAAAUAGUCGAAGUCCGCGGCGGAGUGGCCGAAUUCACUUACAUACCGAUCGCCACCUACGAUCAGGACGCGCUCCACUUCACAACGGACAAAACCAACAACAACUCAUCCGAGGUGGUUGUCAUGGCCGGAAUGGCCAGCAUGGCCCAUGACGGUUUACUCUCAUUUGUAUCGGAAUGCUCGGCGGCCAGUCGUAAAGAAGCCUGCUGGUCCAGCUGUGCCGCCAAACAGCAGAACCAAAUGCUCAUCAAGGCCAGCAAAGAUCGAUUGUACAUCAUGGGCCUUUUCGAUGUUCGUGAGAGGAGCCUCGACGGACUGUACAGUUGUUCCUCGAAUGUAACCACCCGUGGCAUCCAACAGACAGAGGCAUUUGUUUGGGCGCUGGAAGAAGUCAAUCACAUGGCCGACAUUUUACCAGGAGUCAACCUGGGCGCCAUCGGCCUGGACGGUUGCGGUACGCCGGAGAAACGGACAGCGGAGAUAGCGCGGGCAUUCAGCACGGCUGCCGUCCAGUCCGGCAUCGCUGAAAAUCAAAUCCUCGGUCUGGUUGUGGGCACUCCCGACGCCGAUCCUCGUGUCCUGUACGAACUGCACGAGCGACAGCGAUUGCCGAUUCUUCUUUCGGUUCCAGGAUUGGAAACGCAACAGAAUUUGCCAUCCGGCGCUUAUCCGCCGCUGCUUCAGCUCAGCCCGUCCACUCCGAUGAUGGCCAAAGUGUUGAGCGACCUGCUCCACCUGAUGAACUGGACCUACGUCUCGUCCGUCUGCUCCAAUCAGGUGUUCCCUUACAACGCCGUCUGCGAGGAAUUCCAGAAUUUCGCUUCCAAAAACGACGUCCAGUUCGCCGUCGAUCUGGCCGUCAACGAGCAUCCGCACGUCAACAAUUACUGGGAAAAUGUGGCCACCAUGAUUUACUCCAAAGCUCAAAACGGCGCCCAUGUCCUGGUCACUCUUCUGCCCGAUCGUCAAAUCCUGGACCUUUUGGCCGCCAUUAAAAAACUUCCGCCAUUGCAACUGGCCGCUGGCCACUCGAUUGUCCUGGUGACUCUAUCCACUUCCGACAACAAACGUGUCGUGGAAGAGGCUAGCGCUCUCCUGUCCGGCGUCAUCCACAUCCGCAACCGCCUGCCAACGCCCGGCAACUUCUUCCAGGACUACGAUCAAAUGAAAUUCAGUUUGAGCACCUCCAAUCCCUGGUUGAUGAAAUACUGGACCCAAAUGUUCAACUGCCGAGGAGCCGCCUGUCAAAACCGCUCGCUCAAUCAGCUGGCCAAGUCCACUCAGCUGGCCGAUUCGGUGUACGAUCGAGACGACGCAGUCUCCAACACCAUCAACGGCGUCAUGGCAAUCGCCCAGGGACUGGAACGAGUCCGCCAGGAAUUAUGUCCAGGUCUCAAGCAAGGAAUGUGCCCGGCAAUGACCAGUCAAGACAUUCGCCCACGAUUAGAGCGGGCCAUUUCCGAGCACGGAUUUAUCGACAUUGCCGGUCGACCGGUCAAAUUCCUGCGCUCGACGGGAGUCAGCCAAGAAGCGACGGUGGAAAUUCUCAACACCCAUCACACCCAGAUGCUGGGCACGGAGCAGAUGGCGGCCGGCACCUACAAUCUCCGCGAAGGCCUCUCACUCAACACGGGGAAAUUGAAGGCCCGCGACGCGGCCAACGCUUCCGUCUCCAUUUCCAUCGAGAAAAUGACGUCGCUCUGCCUCAACUGCAUGAAGAUGACGGCCAAGCCGCAGUGGCAUCCGUCCACAUCCAUGCAGGUCCAGCCGGCCAAGAAACCCGGUUUCUCGCUGGUCGGUCUCCUACCGUUCCAUCGCCAAGGCAGCAAGCCGCUCUCCUGCGGUUCCAUGCACAGUCCGCGCGUCUUCCAGAACUUGGCCGCCGUCGCCAUGGCGCUGGACCGGCUGAAGCAAAAUCGAACGAUCCCGUCGUCGUUGCAGAUCGGUGCCAUCUUUUUCGAUUCGUGCGGGCGAGUGGAACGAGCCCAGCAGCGACUGCUGUCCUUCAUUUCAGAUAGCGGCUCGUCCGCUUCUUCCCUGUCCAGCGUGAUUGGAGCAGUUACUUUGGACGGAGAGACGGCCCACGCCGUGGCCAACGUCCUGAGCGAGGCCAAUAUUCCGCAGUUUAGCGUCGACGUAGAUGGAUAUCGCAGCAGUAACAUCGCUCCUUUUGGAGCCAUGGAUCAGCAGAAUCAGGCGGCGGCCUUGUCCGUCGGCAGUAACAAGGAGAAGACAUGGCACUCGCUGGGCGGCAAUCAAAUCAUCCAAACCGUUGCGACGGCCGAAGAUGAAGUCAAGGCUCUCUUUGACAUUGUCAGAGGUCUGGCCUGGAAGCACGCCAUCAUUUUCUACGACGACAGUCAGGCCGGCUCGACGGAUCGCGACCUAUUCCUCCAGCUGGUCCGCCAAUCCGGCAAUGAAAUUUGUAUUGGAGCUCAGGUCCGCGUCAAUAAAUACGGCCAGACUGGCGAAACGGUCGAUCUUCACUCGUUACUGGAAGCCAUCGCAUCCGAUCUGCCCGUCUUGUCCGUGGCCGUUUUACUGCUGGACAAUCCGUCGCAAGUUCAGCACGUUCUUCACGUGCUGGACGAUGUCGGACUCAGCAGCCGUUUUGUCGUCUUGGCCAAUCACGCUUGGGGCAAUCAUCGCGACAUGCUAUUCCAUCCGCCGUCCGGCCGUAAAUUGGCCGGCGUUCUCACCGUCUCCAUGGAGAGUUACCUGGUGCCAGGAUUCAACCAGUUUCUGGCCGGUUUGACGCUGGAGAGUCACUCGACCAUCCCCAACGAUUGGUUCGAAGAAUAUUUCCAGCAUCACUUUGAAUGUCACUUGCUGGGCAGCAAAGUCAGCCAGCGGAUGUAUCCGAAAUCGUGCACCGGCUCCGAACAUUUCGAGCUGUCCCAUAUCGAGCAGGAUCCUUACGUCUACCACACGAUGGCCGCCGUCGAGACGUACGUCAAGGCUUUGCACGAGUUCCUGCAGCUCUACUGCUCGGCCGGCACCGAGGCCGUCCAGUUCAGCGAUUGCGGACCCAAUUCGCAGGAGCGUUUCAACGCCGUUCUCAACGACCUGGUCAAACGGGAACCGUACGCCUCCCGACAAGUCCAGAAUCCUUCGUCGCCGGGAGCCGGAGCCGGAACAGAACCGAAACGGAACGGAUACCGCGGAGUCGUCCUCUGGAACGUCCAGUACUACUCGGAGAAAUCGGCCCAUUACGAGCGCGUCGGUUUCUGGCGGCAGAGUCGACUGGAAAUGGAUCAGAGUCAGAUGAAAUUCUACGUGCCUUAUGCAGCCGUUCCGUCCAUUGAAUGCUUGCAGGGAACGUGCAUAUCGGUCUGCGCUGCCCAGGCUUCGCAGAGCCUGUCCGGCUCGGCCAUCCACCGUGGAAUUCCGACGCAAUCGUCGAAAUCGCCGACUCCGGAGGUUCCCACCAAUUUCGCCACGGCCUGGGGUGUUGUGGCCAUCAUCUUCUGCGUUUUGGGCCUGCUCAGUUGCAUGGCCUGCGCCAGUUUCUUUAUCCGCAACAUGCCGAAGCCGACGCCCAAUUCCGUGCUGAGUUAUUUCAUCCUGGGCGGCAUCGCCCUGCUGUACAUCACGACCAUCUUUUUCCUGAUCCAGCCGAGCGACGUCUCGUGCGGAUUGCGCCGAUUCUUCCUCGGCCUCUCCUAUUCCAUCAUCUACUCCGGCCUGGUCGUUCGCACCAUUCACGCCUGGCGACGCAUCAACCGCGGAGCCAACGUCAUGACGUCGACGUCCUUUUCCUGCUCGUCGUCGACGUCUCGUUCGUUCGAUUUGACCGACGCCACCAAACCGCCCGGCCUCGUCUUUACCACCAUGACGCUGGUGGCCGUUCAGGUCAUCCUCCUAUCGGCUUGGCUCAUUUUCAAACCGCCGGAAGCUGUGCCUUCACCACUGAUCCAGCUGCAGCUCCAGCAGUAUCAAGGCGGUGCCCUGUGGCGCUGCUCUCCCGCCGAAAAUUUCGAAUCCGAAUUGGUCAUUUCCCUCAUUCUGCCCAUCAUCUUGCUCUUCACGGCCACUCUUUUCUCGUUUGUCGUCUGGCGCUCCAGCGAUGCCCCUCGCGACAGCCGUUCCACGACGGCCUGUUGCGCCCUUUUGGCCUUCUUCACCAUUAUAUGGACUCUGGUGGCCACGCAAGCCUCUUAUAAAGCCAGGGAGCCGGCCAUUGUGGUGGGCAACAUCUUGUGCGCCAAGACGAUCUUGUUGAUACUCUACGGCCGCAAGGUGUACGAGAUCUCUGUCCAUCGCCAAGAGUCGCGCAAUUUGGCCGUCCUGUCGCAGUUCACCAGCAAGUGCAUGCAGCCGAGUCUCCACAACUUCCCCAACAACAGAACGUGCACGGGAUCGUCCGUUUUCACGACCGACUUGGACAUGGACUUGCCAGGAGGACACAACGAAUCGUUUGCCGCCCACGCUGAGGAUCCAGCCAUGGGACUUUGUCUCGGGCUGUCCACCUCACUGUCUAGACACAGCAGUCGCCGGGGUAGUCACAGUCUCCACGAUCAAUGUCUGGACGCUAUGGCCAGCUAUCCAAGCCCGUCCGGCUCUUGUUGUCAUCACCGCGACGACGUUUUCGAUUCUCCCAUGGUGCCUUAUCCCGUCUAUCCUUCUCAAAGUCGAUUCCACACUGGUGCCAGAAGCGAGGACGGGGAUCGCGAUUUAUCCGACAGUGAAGAAUCACCUCCUACCCGUUACCGAUCCUGUAGCCAACCGCCGAGCCGUCGUGAAUCGAUCGAUUAUUCCAAUCAGAGCGGACCGAAUCAGCGUCCCGCUUUGAUGGUUCGCCGAGUCGGCAGUCGUCAGAUGCUCGUCCUCGGGGAUGAGGCUUCCAUUCACGGUCGAGUGUCCAAGAUUUAGAACAAACCAAAACAACAUUUUUCACCAAGGACGACGACGAUAUGUGGUCUGCAUGCGUUUCUAUAGGCUUAUAUACAUACACACACACUCUGCUGGAUUCUUCAAGAUGAAAUCUUCCGGGAAACCCAUUCCAGUUCUAUCGUUUUUUUGAAAAACAAAAUGUGGCGGGAUAAAUCGAUAAAAAUGUUUUUCUAAACAAUUGAUAUAGCAAAGAAAUUUAGUAUUUUAUUUUAUAUUUUUUUCCAUGGAUCAUCUGCGGCGCAGUGCGCAUGUGAGAUGUUGACCCAAAAAAAAUGGUUAGUCACACUGCUCCGAGUCUUCUUAACUCCUUAUUCUAUCUCAAUUGUUGUUUGCGAUAUAAUUUCACAAUUCAAACAUCUUUUUUAUUAUUAUUAUUUUUUUUAAAUAUCACAAUUUUGAUAUUAUACAUACCCAUUGAAAACUGCUGUAUCGAUCGCUACCGCCCUCUCCUCUCCUGUAUAUACAUUAUCAAAGAUAAAAUUUAAUACAUAACAUGAAACACUUU